CGCCGAGAACCAUGAGGAAAUUUAACAUCAGGAAGGUGCUGGACGGGUUGACGGCGGUCUCCUCCGCCGCCUCGGCGUCGUCCGCCUCGCAGCAGCAGCAGGCGGGGAACAGGGAGAGCGACAUCCAGGAGACGCUCCAGUCCGAGCACUUCCAGCUCUGCAAGACUGUACGCCAUGGUUUCCCCUAUCAACCUUCAGCCCUGGCAUUUGAUCCUGUUCAGAAAAUACUGGCUAUCGGGACCCAGACUGGAGCAUUAAGACUCUUUGGUCGGCCAGGAGUUGAAUGUUACUGCCAGCAUGACAGUGGAGCUGCAGUAAUCCAGCUUCAGUUCCUGAUUAAUGAGGGAGCUCUUGUGAGUGCCUUGGCUGAUGAUACCUUACACCUGUGGAACUUACGUCAGAAGAGACCUGCUAUACUUCAUUCACUCAAAUUUAACCGAGAACGGAUAACAUUUUGUCAUCUGCCUUUCCAAAGUAAAUGGCUAUAUGUGGGCACUGAAAGAGGAAACAUUCACAUCGUCAAUGUGGAAUCAUUCACUCUCUCAGGCUAUGUCAUCAUGUGGAAUAAAGCCAUUGAACUGUCAUCCAAAUCUCACCCAGGACCUAUUGUCCACAUUAGUGACAAUCCAAUGGAUGAAGGAAAGCUUCUGAUUGGCUUUGAGUCUGGAACAGUGGUAUUAUGGGAUCUGAAGUCAAAGAAGGCUGAUUACAGAUACACACAUGAUGAGGCUAUCCACUCUGUGGCUUGGCAUCAUGAAGGAAAACAGUUUAUUUGUAGUCACUCAGAUGGUACUUUGACCAUAUGGAACGUAAAAUCUCCCACCAAACCAUUCCAGACAAUCACUCCACAUGGAAAGCAGCUGAAGGAUGGAAAGAAGCCAGAGCCCUGCAAGCCUAUUCUUAAGGUGGAAUAUAAAACAACUAGAGCUGGGGAGCCUUUCAUCAUUCUCUCAGGAGGCUUGUCAUACGAUACCGUAGGAAGAAGACCCUGUUUAACAGUUAUGCAUGGGAAAAGUACUGCUGUGCUAGAAAUGGAUUAUUCUAUUGUUGAUUUUCUAACUCUCUGUGAAACACCAUAUCCUAAUGACUUUCAGGAGCCAUAUGCUGUAGUCGUUCUCCUAGAAAAGGAUUUAGUGCUGAUUGACCUUGCACAAAAUGGGUACCCUAUAUUUGAGAAUCCCUAUCCUUUGACAAUACACGAGUCUCCAGUUACCUGUUGUGAAUAUUUUGCUGAUUGUCCUGUUGACCUCAUACCUGCUCUCUAUUCAGUUGGCGCUCGACAGAAACGUCAAGGUUACAGUAAGAAGGAAUGGCCUAUCAGUGGAGGCAACUGGGGUUUGAUUACUCAGAGCUAUCCAGAGAUAAUAAUUACAGGGCAUGCUGAUGGGUCGAUCAAGUUUUGGGAUGCCUCAGCAAUAACGCUGCAAGUACUCUAUAAGCUAAAAACAGCCAAAGUAUUUGAAAAAUCACGGAAUAAGGAUGACAGGCCAAACACAGAUAUAGUAGAUGAAGAUCCAUAUGCUAUUCAGAUCAUCUCGUGGUGUCCAGAAAGUAGAAUGCUGUGUGUAGCUGGAGUUUCUGCACAUGUCAUUAUCUACAGGUUCAGCAAGCAGGAAGUGACAACAGAAGUCAUUCCGAUGCUGGAAGUGCGCCUGUUAUAUGAAAUAAAUGACAUUGAAUCUCCAGAUGGUGAACAGAUACCACCAUUACCAACUCCUGGCACGAGUUCCAAUCCUCAGUCCAUUGUUCCCCAGUCUCAUCCAUCUACUAGUAGCAGUUCAUCUGAUGGCCUUCGUGAUAAUGUCCCAUGUUUAAAAGUUAAAAAUUCUCCUCUUAAGCAGUCUCCAGGCUACCAAAUUGAGCUAGUUAUCCAACUAGUGUGGGUGAGUGGAGAACCUCCUCAGCAGAUAACCAGCUUAGCAGUCAAUUCAGCGUAUGGCCUAGUAGUUUUUGGAAACUGUAAUGGUAUUGCCAUGGUUGAUUACCUCCAGAAGACAGUCCUCUUGAAUCUUGGCACUAUUGAACUGUAUGGUUCCAAUGAUCCUUAUCGUAGGGAGCCACGAUCUCCCCGAAAAACUCGUCAGCCAUCUGGAGCAGGUCUUUGUGAUAUAAAUGAGGGUACAGUGGUGCCAGAAGAUCGCUGCAAAUCACCCACUUCAGGUUCUGGUUCACCAAAUUCUGAUGAUGAUGAGCAAAAAAUGAAUAAUUUUAUAGAAAAGGUGAAGACCAAAAGCAGACAGUUUUCCAAGAUGGUAGCCAAUGACAUAGCAAAGAUGUCCAGGAAGCUAAGUUUGCCAACUGAGUUAAAGCCUGAUUUAGAUGUUAAAGACAACUCUUUCAGCCGAUCCAGGAGUUCUAGUGUAACUAGCAUUGACAAAGAGUCACGUGAGGCAAUUUCAGCUCUUCAUUUCUGUGAAACUUUCACAAGAAAGGCUGAUACAUCACCUUCUCCAUGCCUGUGGGUCGGUACCACCCUCGGUACAGUGCUUGUCAUUGUACUGAACCUACCCCCAGGAGGAGAGCAAAGACUUCUUCAGCCUGUUAUUGUUUCUCCUAGUGGAACCAUCCUGAGGCUAAAAGGGGCAAUCUUGAGAAUGGCUUUUCUGGAUACCACGGGAUCUUUAGUCCCACCUGCACAUGAACCCUGGAGAGAACACAAUGUUUCUGAAGAUAAAGAUGAAAAAGAUAAAUCGAAAAAGCGACGACCGGUCUCAGUGUCCCCCUCAUCGUCUCAGGAAAUCAGUGAAAACCAAUAUGCAGUGAUAUGUUCUGAAAAGCAAGCAAAAGUUAUUUCACUGCCAUCCCAGAACUGUAUUUAUAAGCAUAACAUAACAGAGACUUCUUUCGUUCUUCGUGGAGAUAUAGUAUCAUUGAGUAACAGUAUUUGCCUUGCAUGUUUCUGUGCCAAUGGACAUAUUAUGGCUUUUAGUUUGCCAAGCUUAAGGCCAUUGCUGGAUGUGUAUUACCUGCCACUCACUAAUAUGCGAAUAGCCAGAACAUUCUGCUUCACCAAUAAUGGACAAGCACUCUAUCUUGUCUCACCAACUGAAAUACAGAGGCUCACCUACAGUCAAGAAACAUGUGAAAAUCUUCAGGAAAUGUUAGGUGAGCUCUUCACUCCUGUUGAAACACCAGAAGCACCAAACAGAGGGUUCUUCAAAGGCCUCUUUGGAGGUGGGGCACAGUCACUUGACAGAGAAGAACUCUUUGGAGAAUCAGCGUCUGGGAAGGCAUCAAGAAGUCUUGCCCAGCAUAUUCCAGGUCCUGGAGGUAUUGAAGGUGUCAAAGGAGCAGCAUCUGGUGUAGUUGGGGAAUUAGCACGAGCCCGGUUGGCGCUGGAUGAAAGAGGACAGAAACUAGGAGAACUGGAAGAAAAAACCGCAGCUAUGCUGUACAGUGCUGAUUCUUUCUCUAAACAUGCUCAUGAGAUGAUGUUGAAGUACAAAGACAAGAAGUGGUACCAGUUCUGAUGAUGCUCAUUGAUUACAUCGUUUAAUUUUGUCCUGAUGAAAAAAUCUUGGUUUUCAUUAAUUUUGACAGGAACAUUGAAAUUUAAAGGAGUAUUCAACAUUGGAUGAUGUUGUUUCUAGCACAAAUCACACACUGUUUUACCUCAGCCAUGGCUUUAACUGAGGAGCUUUAUAUAUAAGAGAAACACACACAAAGAUAGAAAAGCUGAGUGUUUCUUCGCUGUUGGAUAGCUGAGAGUUGGAAUACAGAGCAGGUAAUUGGAAUAUGUGGAAAAGACAUAAAGGAAGAAUGUGGUGUGAUGGGCAGGGGCAAUUCAGGGUCAAUCCUGUGUUAAUAUCUCAUGCCAAAAGUUUUUGUGCUGUUGUACUUGCUGCCAGUGUUAUACCCUCCCUGUGAGGAGAGGCAAUAAAUCAGGGGUCCAAAAGCUGGAAUAAAGUUGUUUGUCUUGCAGGACAGUAGCUGACUUAGGCUUACCCUCUCUAGGACUCACUAUAUUUACCAUUAUUGUUGAAGAAGAGCGGAAGCUUGCUGUCAUUUCUUUCAUCAGAAAAGCUGGAAGCUUGGAAGAUUUCAUGUUGAAAAUUGUAUACAUAGUUGACCUGUGCAGUCUUUUCUUGGACCCCAAUCUGGUAUUCUUGUAUUCACAUCAUAUUCUGUGAAGUGCAAACCAAGAGAAUACACAGUUUUUGCAUUAAAAGAAGUCAAGUGAAUAUGACUGGAAUGUGUCAUGCUGGGAAUUUUCAUUUGUGUUAUGGAUGUGCAGUGUGAAAUGUGGUAACAUAUUCAUUGUGGUAAGAAUACUUCAACUUUAGUUUGGUUUCAUAUUACUUUUUGCCAAAAAUAGUUAUUGGUUCAGUUCGUGUAAUGUUUAGAAUUGGCUGUGGGUUCUAUUCAUGCUGUGAAUUUUUAUAGAACUUUAACAGAAUGUAUCUUUACAGCCAUUAAUUAAAAUAGCUGGGAUAGUUUUGCUUAAAACUUAAGUUCUGGAUGCCCCUUUAAUCCUUUACUAUUAAAUCAGAUAAUCUUGUACUCAGGUUUUCAAUCACUUUUACACACCGUGGAGGUGCUGAUGCAUGAAUAAAGGCAAGCAUCUACUAUUCAAUAAUUGUCAGGAUAUUGUUCAGCUGAUUUCUAAAUCCUGCUUGUAGAGCUAUUUUACAAGUACCUAUCUCAGCCCCACCACGUGCUAAAGGCAGCUUGCCUGAAGUUUGGGUUUAGUCUCUAAAGCGGUGUUUUCAGUUAUGUGGGAAAUAAUGUGUCCACUACAACUUCAAAAAUUGGUGAAAUAAUCAUUGAGUUGGGUGAGGUAAAUAAUUUAGCUGAGUGAACAUGUUAAUGGGUGCUGCACUGAAGCUGCAACAGUGGGGUUGACCAGAGGUCUUUUAAAAUAAAUGUUUGCAUUUCAAAAAUGAAUUUGGCCUCCGUUUUCCUCAGAAAGGCAGGAGUAGUUACUGACUGUUUUUAUUUUACAAAAGGGAAUGCUUAGAAGCUGGUAGGUCAUUCUGUAGGCCAUUUCUUGCAAUAUGGUCUGAAAUCAUUUGAGCCUGCUUGUCCAAGUACCACAUUAUAUGUGUGUUUUUUUUUCACACGCAUUCCAAAUGUUACUCAAGCCGAACAUAGGCUAUAAUUUGUAUUUUAAAGUUAUUUUUCAGGUAUGUAGAUACGUGAUCCUUACAAUGCACAUUAAAAAGAUGCCAAAUAGUAAA